AAGAAGAAGAGAUAUGUGACAUUUGUUUAGUUUUAGAGGAAAGUCUGUUUUCACGAUAGAUUCUUAAAGAAAUAUUUGGAAAAUAUACUAAACUUCAAGCCAAUUGCUGUAAUAUAUUUAAACAUUAAACAUUCACUCAAUUAGUACAAAAUAAAUUAAAGGUUGCUGAAGAAAGGAUAAAUCUGCAAUAAUGGCCCAGCAGGAGUCACAGGUGAUGAGUCUACCUCUACCACCAUCCCAGUAUAUAAAUCUUUUCUCCGAGGAAAAUAUCAGACGCAAUAGGGCACCAAGACCACCACCACCCAUUCCAGAUGGCUACAGUAUGUUCGGCAUUCAGUAUAACAAUGAGGAAAUGAUACGUUCAUUGGAAUCACAGAACAUCAAACGACUCAUACCUCUGCAUUUUGAUAGAAGAAAAGAAUUGAAGAAAUUAAAUCAUUCACUGUUUGUAAACUUUUUGGAUCUUAUAGAUUUGUUAAUACAAUAUCCGGAUAGUCCGCGACGAACAGAGAAGAUUGAUGACCUUAGUUUAUUGUUUGUCCAUAUGCAUCAUUUGUUAAAUGAAUUUCGACCACAUCAGGCACGCGAAACCCUACGGGUGAUGAUGGAAACACAAAAACGCCAACGUGUGGAGACCACAACACGUUUCGAAAAACAUUUGGAACGUGUCUGUGACAUUGUGAAUACGGCUUUUAGUGACCUGCCCGAAAUCACAGAUGACGAUAUGAGUGAGAGUGAUAUUAAAAUGGAAGUCGAUUCACAGGAUGCGAGUAAUAACAGCAAAUCUGAUGCUGUCCAUCAAUUGGAUCGUAUUAUGUGCAGUGUCAUUGAUAACAUGGAAUAACCUCAGGUGUGGUUGGGCUUAUGUUCUGACGUUAGUUAUUAGUAGCUGUAGGUUAACUACCAUUUUUUAUUAAUUUUAUUAUUUUUAUUUAGAUAUAUUUCUAUAUUAAAGAAAAAAAAAAAACCGAAACAAUAACAACAAAACUUGCCAUAAUUGCAAGUGUAAGUUCAAGUACUGAAAACAAUAUUUUUUUAAAACUAAUAAUAAUAAUAUAAAUUGUGUAUAAAGAUUUAAUGUAAAAUACAUAAUAGAUGAUAGUCAAGAAAUGGCAAUAAUCAAGCUAGGCAACAAAACAUUUCAAUGAAAGUAGUCAAAUGAUGUAUCAAGUUUGGAUAUUUAUAUCUCUGGCUCUAGACUUGUAACAUGCGAAAAAAUAUAUAGCAUUUGGAAAAUAUGUAUUGUUGAAAUUGAGCUAUUUCUCUGAUAAUUAAAAAUGAAAAUUUUGAUAAUCAAUUAAA